AGCUUAUUGGUAGCCAUGAUGAUGAACACACCCAGCUCUGAGCACAUUUCAUCAGCAUAGUAGGCAUCCAAUAACAAUAAAAAAAAAUACAUAUAUAAUCACUGUAGAGGCAGACAAGGUGGCAGGUAGUGGCAAUGACAGUGGCAUUGCACUGAUGCUCCCGCUCUCUCUUUGUUUCUCUAGGUCUCUCUCUUUAUCGUGCUGCAUUUGGCCUUUGAACCCAUUGUUGUGUCGCGGGUGACGUCAGUGCCGUGUGCGGGAGACGGAGCGGCGUGGCGUGUGCGCUUGGCGAGACAAAGGCGGCGGACCGACCCGGGGAGGCAGCAGCGGCAGCGGUGGCUCAGAGUACUGUUGUUUUGUAUUGAACCACAGGGGAAACCGCUAACCCGGCUCUUCAGCUAUGCCCUGCUGGAACAGCACCAAAAUGAGGAGCCAGCGGUGACACUCCCGGCAGUUAGGACUGAGUCUCCGCACUGAGGGAAAACAACAACAUUGCCUUGUUUUAUAAGAAGCGUUUUCCUCCAAACGCCCCCUUGAGCUGGAGCUAGGUGGCUAACCCCGUUAGCUUAUUUCAGAAACAGAAGCGGCAGCAGAAGCAGUGGUCUCCUCCUGCUCCUCCUCCUUCUGCUCCCUUCUGUCUGCUUCUCAUCUUUCCCUCCAGAGCUGGACACCGGUGUAAGACAGGAGCUCUCCGGCACGCCAAGACAAAAAGGAGCGCUCACUCCCAACACCCAGACAUCCGAGAUCUGAUGUGAGGUCCACAGACAGACACUAUGCCUAGUCCUUUAUUUCACCCCGAGAUUAUGGACCACGACGCUGUAAUCAGCAGCCAGCACAAUGGGGUCGCUCUGGCCCGCGAGACGGAGCAGGAGUCCCGGGAAGAGGACCACCAAGAGGCGCUGCGUUUCGCCCUGGACCAGCUGUCACUCAUGGCCCUGGAGAAAGUGGACUGUGGGGGCGGAGGAGGCGGCGGCGGCGGGCUCAGCGACUCCCUGGAUGGGACGCAGGGUCCAGGUUCUGAGAGCUGCAACGGUGUGGGUGGAGGGGGCUACGUGGACCUACAGAUGCUGGAUCAUCCUGGCGGGUCUCGGGACUCUCCCUCUUCCUGCUCUCCAUCCCCGGAGUAUUACGGCUCGGGCGGCUACCACAUGAGCAACUCACACACCGUGCUCCACGGGGAACAAAGCUCCAUCCUCUGCAGCAGGAAAAGAAGUGUGAACAUGACAGAAUGUGUACCUGUGCCCAGCUCCGAACAUGUGGCCGAGAUAGUGGGAAGACAAGGUUGCAAGAUCAAGGCCUUGCGUGCCAAAACAAACACUUACAUAAAGACUCCAGUCAGAGGCGAGGAGCCCGUUUUCAUUGUAACGGGACGCAAGGAGGAUGUGGAGAUGGCCAAACGUGAAAUUGUCUCAGCGGCCGAGCAUUUCUCCAUGAUCAGAGCAUCGCGCUGCAAAGCCGGAGGACCAGGCGGAGGUGGGUCUCUACCGGGACCACCACACCUACCUGGACAAACCACCAUACAGGUGCGAGUGCCGUACAGAGUGGUGGGUUUAGUCGUUGGACCGAAGGGUGCGACCAUCAAGCGCAUUCAGCAACAGACUCACACCUACAUCGUGACACCCAGUCGAGAGAAGGACCCCGUGUUCGAAGUGACCGGGAUGCCGGAGAACGUGGACAGAGCCAGAGAGGAGAUCGAGACCCACAUCACCCUACGAACCGGAACGUUUGUAGACCUGCAGGGAGACAAUGACUUUCACAGCAACGGCACUGAUGUCAGUCUGGAAGGUUUGGGUGCUCUCAGUGGGGGACUGGGGGCAUCUCUGUGGUCCAGAGCCAACAACCACCAUUCUGCCCCUCCGCCUCCACCUCCCUCCUCUCCUCCCUCUCUUACCAUGUCCGUGCAGCACUCCUCUAACAGGAAAAUGUCUUCGUCGGUCGCCUACCACACGCACAACGGCGGUAUGAGCUCAGACAGCUUCAACGGCGGCACCCGGAAAGUCAACGAGGGAGGGAGUCCCACCAGCCCCUUUAGCACAGGCUCCAGCAGCGGUGCCGGAGGAGGAUUCACUUUCGGAGGCGAUUCCACCCCGGGACUGCCCUCCUCAGAGGAACUGGGCUUUGAGUUCAGCGCUUCCAACAUAUGGGCGCCUUUCGUCAACGGCGGCACGGGCAAUAAGUCAGCGGGGUCAACGCAGGCCACGCGGCGCAACAGCAGCGGCCUCAGCGGUGGCGCCGUCACUCCGCGGUUGUCUCCAACUCUGCCUCAGGACACGUGCGUGGGCCCCAUGGAUCACCCGCUCGCCCGCCGCGCACAAAGCGACCCCCUCAGCACUCUCUCCUGGCUCCAGUCCAGUGGCACCGGAGGCGGCUCCUUCUCCGGAGCAUCCAGCUCGAGCUCAGGCGGCUCCUCCACCGGGUACUCCUCAUGUUCGGCCUCCUCCCUGCCCGGCGGUUCCCCGACUGACUCGGAGGGAGGCGUGGGCCUCAGCUCCGGGAUACUGAGUCGUCUGAAGAGCGGCUCCGGCAACGGGGUCGCGGGUGUGGUCGGCGUGGGUCCCGGGGUCAACAGGGACUGCUUUGUGUGUUUUGAGAGCGAGGUGACGGCAGCGCUGGUGCCCUGCGGUCACAACCUGUUCUGCAUGGAGUGCGCAGGGCAAAUCUGCCAGUCGGCUGAGGCCGAGUGCCCCGUCUGCCACACACCCACCACACAGUGCAUACGCAUCUUCUCUUAAUGCUGCACAUGUGGCGCUACGGAGAGAGGAAGAUGAGCGGGCAGGGACAGUGGAAGGAUUGGU